UAAUUUGACUUUGGUCAUGCAUUUGCCACCUCAUUCUUUAAAUUUUGUCUUUCCUCUUUCUCACAUCAGUCUCUGAACUUCAAGAAUAGCAACUGCCCUUGAUUCUUGAAUGAAUGAAUGCUAAAUUAUUGCUAUUUAUCAGCCAAAAAAAACAUAAAACCUGUUACCAUUUAACACCCUCAUAAAAAAAUUCCAACCUCAGCUGAUAAACUUGAGAAAUUACACUACUAACACUUACCCUUUUCAUUUCACACGCUUUUCUUGUCCUUCACCUGUGCAUUCUUUUCCCCCACCACGAGGCACUGUCAGAUAAAUGAUAAAUCUUGGCCUCUUAGUAUAGAGGCUGUAAAUUAUCAGUGUGCUUUUUUUUUUUUCCUUGGAACUUGUAGUUGUGCUCCAGUAUUGUCACUGAUGGUCAAAUUCUUGUAGUGUUUGAGUUUAUUUCUCAACUGGGUUCAGCUCAAUUUUUUUGGCUUAUGACCCCGUUCAAAGAGGGGUGAAGCUGAGUAGGUUAACAGCCCAUGGGUUUCCGACCCUUCUUGUUAAUCUUUUUGGCAUUGUGUCCUGCAUUUCUGGCACAAAUAGUCGAAGAUACAGCAUUUUUGAUUGAUGGAACUGUAAAAAUUGCUGAGACAGAUGAUAAUUAUGUAUGCGCUACCCUUGAUUGGUGGCCUAAAGAAAAGUGUAACUACGACGAAUGCCCUUGGGGCUCGGCUUCUCUGAUAAAUCUGGAUUUGUCUCACCCUUUUCUGGCAAAUUCUAUUCAAGCUUUCAACCAUUUGAGAUUACGACUUGGAGGUUCUUUGCAAAACCGAAUACUAUAUGGUGUAGGCAAUUUGGAGUCUCCUUGUCAUCCAUUUACCAAGCAGGGAGAUGGGUUGUUUGGAUUUUCGAGGGGAUGCUUACUUAUGGAUAGAUGGGAUGAGCUAAAUAGCUUUUUCAAUAAGACAGGAGCACUUGUGACCUUUGGUCUGAAUGCAUUGCAUGGGAGACACCGGGCUGGUAAGCGUGCCUGGGAAGGGAAUUGGGAUUCCAGCAACGCCCGUGAUUUCAUAAGUUACACUAUUUCCAAGGGCUACCAAAUACACUCAUGGGAAUUUGGAAAUGAGUUGAGUGGUAAGGGGAUUGGUGCAAAGGUUGAUGCUGAACAAUAUGGAAAAGAUGUUAUCCAUCUUAACAAUCUCAUAGACCAAUUGUAUAAGCAUUUCCAACCGCGACCACUUCUCUUAGCACCAGGAGGAUUCUACGAUAAAAAGUGGUAUGAGACGUUCCUUGAGGAGUCAGGGCCUGGCACUGUCGGCGCCUUGACUCAUCAUAUAUAUAAUCUUGGUCCAGGAUCUGACCUCAAUCUUGUAAACAAAAUUUUAAGUCCUCGGCACUUAAAUAAAAUUGCUGACACGUUCAGUAAUCUUACCCAAACCAUUGAAAUCAAUGGUCCUUGGACUUCAGCAUGGGUUGGAGAAUCUGGUGGGGCCUUCAAUAAUGGAGGUCAUAACGUGUCUAACACCUUUGUGAACAGUUUUUGGUACUUGGACCAGCUUGGGAUGGCAGCCAAGUACCACACUAAAGUAUAUUGCAGGCAGACUUUUAUUGGUGGAAACUAUGGGCUCCUUGACACACAUACAUUUAUCCCAAAUCCUGAUUAUUAUAGUGCACUUCUUUGGCAUCGGCUGAUGGGAAAAGGAGUUCUUUCUGUUAGCAGCAAUGCAUCAUCAUAUUUGCGCUCUUAUGCCCACUGUACAAGAGAUAGAGCAGGUGUGACAUUACUUUUGAUCAAUUUAAGUAACCAAACUCAUUAUGGAGUCAACAUCGAAUCUAGUGCUAGAACUACCUCACAUGUCAACGAGAAAUCAAAUCACAAGAGGUCUUUCAUUCAUCAUAUUAAGAAAACUGUUUCAUGGAUUGGAAGCAAAUCAUCAGACGUUGCAUUAUCACGAGAAGAGUACCAUCUGACUCCACUAGAUGGGAACCUUCAAAGCAAAACUAUGCUUCUGAAUGGUAAACCAUUACUACUCACAGAAAUAGGGGACAUCCCAAGUUUGUCUCCAGUCCUUGUAAACUUGAAGUCUCCAAUAUCAGUUGCCCCCUUGUCCAUCAAAUUCAUAGUCUUCCCAAACCUUAGCUCUCCUAGUUGUAGAUAAGGAUUAGGAGAUACUACUGCCUGUGAGCUAUAAUCUAGAACCUUAGUAAUUGUAUAAUUGAUAAUAAACUGAGCCGCCAAUUUUUUCACAGUUAUGUAUUUUAUGUCUAGAUAAAUCCCUUCCCCUAUUAGUGUUUCGAGGAACAUGUGUCUCGUAAUGUAAGUUAACUACCAACUGGCAUAAUUAAAUAUAUUUCAGUUUUUCUUGGUGCU